AUGCAUCUGCUCUCCGUGUAUUGUGUAGCGUUUGAUGGCUCGUUGCUAUCAAGUGAGCAUUGUUCACAGCUUUUACUACUUCAAGCAUCCCAUCUCGUGCUUUUGCUACUAUGCACGAGUCAAGUGCUUCGUCUUGCUGGUGGACACACUAAAGGUUUAAACUCUCACAGUGAAGUCGAUGUUGUGCUCUUUGUGCUCCAUUUUAUGGCAAUUAUGGCUACUAUCGUUUUUUCAAUUGUUCAGACUGGAGUCGCCAUGAUGAACCACUUGUCAGCGUCACUAGUUAUUGGUGCUAGUAUCACAGUUGCAGCUUUGAGCUUUUACGCUGUUGAGACGUUGUUUGAAUUUCUUCAACAUACAAAAAGUAAGAAAAUUAUCACAUUUGUUGUAUUUCUCGGUGGUAUUGAAGAAAUCAUGUGGAGAGAUCCGACAAUACAAUCAAGUGAAAGGUUGGCAAUACUGAUGCAUUGGAAAGUCAUUAGUUAUGCUAUAACGGCGAUAAUUGCAGUUAUAAGGAUGGCCAUUUAUAAAGAAAUAGACGAAUGUGUGGAAGAGUACAAGCAGUCGAAAUUAGCCAAAAAAACUGUGAAAGACAGUCCACUAGACCGAAUCGGUUGGAUUUCGCAAUUGUCUUUCAACUGGAUCUCUCCAUUCAUUGUACUAGGACAAAAACGUCGACUUGAACUUAACGAUAUACCAAACCUACCUCGACGUGAAGCUACGUCUAUUGUUACAGCAAAAUUUCAUGAAGAAUGUCGACGCGAACUUGGUUCCCAUCAGCCAUCGUUUUUGCGUCUCGCUCGAAGAUUAUAUGGCGCUAAUAUCCUAAUUUUCGCCCUUUGGUCAACUUUCAACAAAGCCAUUGGACUUGCAAGUCCGUUGUUGCUUAAAUUCUUUCUUGAUUGGGCAGAUUCGUCGACUCCGUCACUCACCAUGGGCUACAUUCUCGCAGUAGCAAUGGGAACGAGGUCAAUUCUUGCUGCCGUGUCAGGAACGCAGUACGAUCUCGCGUGGAAGAGGUUUGAUCUGCAGGUACGAGCUGGAUUGCAGUCAGCUAUUUACAUGCGGACGCUCGAGCUGUCAAGUCAAGAAAGAAGAGAGGCCGGAGGACUUGGCCGUAUCACGAACUUGUUAUCGGUUGAUGUCGGACGCAUCGUUGGUAUGCCUGGCCAAUUAUUUGAGCUGAUAUUAAUUCCGAUUGAAAUUCUGGUUGCUCUCAUCGUACUGAGUCAAGCCGUCUCAGUCGCUUUUAUUGCUGGACUCGCAGCACUUGCAAUCAUGUUACCACUACAAACGAUUUUGGGACGGAAGAUUCAAAGUGUCACGAAAGACAUGAUGCGAUAUCGGGAUACACGCGUAAGUCUUGCUGCAGAGAGUUUGAAAGCGAUUCGGACUCUUAAAUUGCUUGGAUGGGUGAAUUUGCGACGUGAGACCAUGAGUCAUGCUCGAUCUCUUGAAAUGGGAAGACUGCAACUGCGCAAGUAUUUGGAUGCUUUCUGCGUCUUCUCGUGGGCAUCUACACCAGUAGUUGUACAGGUUGCCGUCUUUGGAACAGCUAUCUUUCUUGGUCAAGCCAUUACGGCUGCAAAUGCCUUCACUGCAAUUGCUCUCUUGGAUCGUCUCAUCUUUCCCAUGAACUACUUUCCUUGGAUUAUCAGUGGAUUUCUUGAAGCACGAGUAUCAGCGCUAAGAAUUCGUGACUUCUUGUUCAACAAGAAUGACUUGAAAAUGAGUGAACGGAUGAGCACAGAAAGCCAUGCUAGCGAGUUUAAGCAGGAAGUUGAUGCUAUUGUGAGUAUUCACGACGCCGAAUUUCGCUGGAGCAUGAUGACAGACGUGAGUAUGGAAGACAACAACACUGACCCAGAUACACCUCUUUUGAUCAACACAUCGUUUUCGUCUAGCGAAACUCAUCAAUUUGUCUUACGCAUUAAAGAACUGCAACUUCGACCAGGAUCGAUCUACAUCGUGUGUGGUCCAGUCGGUGCCGGCAAAUCUUCCCUUUUGCUGGCUUUAAUAGGCGAAAUGUCCUGCAUUUGUGGUCGCUUUGACAAAAAGUUGUCGACCUGUUCUUACUCUCCACAAACUCCGUGGCUCUUCCGUGGAAGUGUCGAAGCAAACGUUACAUUGUGCAAAGACGAUAAGGAAGAAAGCGCAGUUUCGAUUGAUUGGGAUCGAUAUGAGCAUAUUAUUCGUGCUUGUGAGCUUGAGGCUGACUUUCGCAAUGUGAAGUGUCCUGUAAACGUGGCAGAGAGUGGCGGGAAUUUUAGCGGUGGUCAACGCGCUCGAAUCAAUCUUGCACGUGCAUUAUACCAACGUGCUCAUCUCUACUUAUUAGAUGAUCCUUUUAGUGGAUUGGACGGAGAGACGGCAAGCAAAGUGGUUACCAAUUGCUUCAAUCCCAACUCCAGUGUCGUUUCCAAGGACGCAGCAGUUGUCGUUGUGACGCAUUCGCUUAAUCUACUGCCAUAUUUUUCUCCAGACGCACAUAUUAUUGUUAUGGAUGAUGGAUGCAUUGUGGAGCAAGGAACAUAUGACGUCUUGAAGACAUCAACAUUACACAGUCGCUUUAUGUCUUUGUUAUCGAGCUCUGGUAGUCAAGAGCGUACGAAUGAUACGGCAAAAUCUGAUCGAGAAAAACCUGAGGUCAACAUUUCAAUUGACGCGAAAAGCCUUCCUGAAAAAAUAGCACAAGUAUCUCCGGUUUCUAGUGAAGAUGAUGAAGAGCGGGAAACUGGUGCUGUCAGCUGGAGAAUUUGGAAAAGUUAUGCGCUGGAUGUUGGUUGGAUCCUCGCAAUCGUCAUAGUAUGGAUGGUUUUAGCCAUGCAGAUCACUCGGAAUUCGCUCGACUGGUGGAUUGCUGUGUAUACAGAUGGCAAACAUGCUAUCUCUCCACGAAAGUUUGCGCUCGUGCUACUGUACAUUGCAUGUGCAAAUAUUCUUGUCGUCUUUCUUCGCUCUUUUCUCUUCGCCUAUGGUGGUUUACGUGCAGCUCGAGUUACGUACAAGAAAUUGGUACAGAGUGUAUUUGCAGCUCCACUGUCAUUUUUUGAGCGCACACCUGCUGGACGAAUACUCAAUCGAUUGAGUGGUGACACUUGCACCGUGGAUGAAACAUUACCAUUCAUUUUAAAUUUGUUUCUUCGAGAUGCAGCAGAAUUGCUGGGUUUGGUUGUCAUCCUUUUUUAUGGAAAUCGUUUGGUACUCGUGGUGUUAGUUCCUUUGAGUAUCUUAUACUUCCAUUUACAACGUGUGUAUCGCCCAAGCUCGCGUCAUUUAAAGCGAUUAGAUGCAGUGACACAAUCACCACUUUUAGCCAUGUUCACUGACACACUGGAUGGACUCACUGUUAUCCGUGCGGCACAGAAGCAACAGCAGUAUGCUCAUGAUUAUGGCGAGCGAUUAAAUCGUAGUCAACGGGUCUCAUUUCUCGGUUCAACUACUAGCGCUUGGUUUGGAUUGCGUCUUGAUUUACUGGGUGUCUGUGUUACGUCAUUCGUCGCAGUCUUUGCCGUCGCCGAUUUUCAUAUGACUGGAAAGGUAAAUCCUGGCACUUUGGGCCUUACAUUGACGUACGCACUUCCAAUUGUGGGCAAGUUGAACGCCCUUUUGAACAGCUUCGUCGACUCGGAGCGUCAAAUGAUUGCAGUUGAGCGUGUGAAAGAGUAUAUGGAUCUAGAAUCUGAAGAACAUGUCGUGAAGGCUGAUAGUCUUUCAAAAGUGAGCAAAUUACCAAACAUGUGGCCUUCAGCAGGUCAUAUUGUGAUCAAGGAUUUGACAGUAACGUAUGGUCCUCCAACUUCAGACUUAAAGCAUCACGAGUUAAGGCCUUCUCAAGCAAAAGCGCUAGCUUUAAACAAUGUGAAUUGUGACAUCCCUGCAGGCCAAAAGGUUGGAAUCUGUGGACGCACAGGUGCUGGAAAGUCGACGCUACUAAACGCUCUAUUUCGCACUGUACCGUGGGAAUACGGUAGCAACAUUAUAAUCGACAAUGUGCCUUUAAGCUCAGUAGGCCUUGACGAUCUACGAUCGCGACUGACGUAUGUUCCGCAAGAUGUUGUGCUCUUUUCAGGAACUAUCCGUUCAAAUCUUGAUCCAAGUGGAGUAAUCGACGACGAGCAGCUUUGGACUGUCUUACGUAAGUGUGGUGGACUUGCAAAUACAAUCGCCAAGCUAGAUCGUGGUCUUGACUUUACCAUUCAAGGUGGAGCUAAAGAUCUCGUUGCAACGUUUAGUCAAGGUCAAGCCCAAUUGCUUUGUAUUGCAAGAGCAUUGUUACGUCCAUCGAAAAUUCUGUGUAUUGAUGAGGCUACAGCAUCAAUUGAUGAGGAGACGGAGCGUAUGAUUUCAGAGGCCAUUGCUUCUGAAUUUGCAGCGUCUACGGUGCUGACUGUAGCUCAUCGUAUACAAACAAUUUUACAUUGCGAACGUGUAUUGUUGCUGGAAAAUGGUCGCAUUGUCGAAAGUGGUGCUCCGAAAGAGUUGUCCCAGACUCGCACAAUUGCAGAAGUCACUUUAAUGACAGUAGGCAAGGAAAACAAAUAUAUCAAACUUCAAAAACUAAUACAAUUUGAUAGCAUGAAGAUGGAGGCAAGCGCGUAUGUAUCUCUAUCGUUUUUAAUCUCAAUUGAAUAUGCUCCAACGUUAACUCUACUUACUCACUUUGAUAUUGCCAUUAUUGUGCUGCAAUAUUUUCAGAGAAAAACUCGCACGCAUGUGGUAGAAGCUCCUAACGUCGAGAAAGACAAUACACCCAUGAGUUUUGUCUUUAAAAUGGGUAAAGUUCCUGGUGUUGUUAGUAGCCUUGUACAGGAUGUGCGUCGUGUUAUGGCUCCAUACACAGCCGAUAAGUUACGCGAGAAACGAAAGAAUACGCUGAAAGACUUUGUGCAUGUUGGUGCACCUCUAGGCGUCACACACUUCAUUUUCUUCACUCAUACCGAGGCUGGUACAAAUUUGAAGAUUGCACGCAUUCCACGUGGCCCAACAUUGUCCUUUAAAGUGACCAAAUAUUCGCUUAUGGGACAAAUGCAUCUGGUAGUUAGACGCCCCGUGGAUGCAACGCAAGCACUCAAGUCGAAACCGCUUGUGGUACUGAAUAACUUUACGGCCGUUGACGACCAUAUCAAGCUGAUGAAUGUAACGUUUCAAAACAUGUUUCCGGCUAUUGACGUUCAAACAGUCGCGCUAUCUGAAUGCAGACGUGUUGUACUGUUUAAUUAUGAAAAAGAGUCGGAUACGAUUGAGUUUCGUCAGUACGUAAUUCGUGCAACACCGCUCGGUCUUUCAAAGAGUGUCAAGACUAUUGUGAAAGCUAAAAUACCCAAUUUAAAUAAACUUGAGGAUAUUAGCGAGUAUGUGUUGGGCAACGGUGCUGGCAUUGGAUCGGCUUCAGAUAGUGAGGUGGAUGAUGAAGCCGCACAUGUAACAUUGCCAGACUCAUUUCGUGGACGUGGCAAUCAAAAGGCUGAAAAAAGUGCUGUACGAUUGACAGAAAUUGGCCCGCGGCUUACACUUAGCUUGACUAAGGUAGAGCGUGGUAUCUGCGAGGGCGAUGUAUUAUAUCAUGCGUUCAAGACUAAAACACCGGAGGAAUCUUCCAAGGCUAAGGCGAAGCACGAAGCCGCUUUGGCGCUCAAGCGUCAGCGUCGUGAAGAACAAGAGAACAAUGUUGCAAAAAAGAAGGAAAUCAAGGAGGCCAAAAAGCAGCAAAAGGCUGAGCGCAAGCGAAAGCGUGAGAAUGAAGAAGACUUUGAUGAGACUACUGCAGCAACUGGGGGCAUAGAAGACGACUCGGAGCUUGACGACGUCGAAUAUUAUCGACAGGAAGUUGGGGAAGAGCCUGAAACGUACAUGUUUCCGGACAAGAAGAAGAAACAAAAGAACAAACAGCAAAAGGUUGAUGGCUUAGGAAAUACUCGCCUGCAAAAACCUUCGGAGGUGGCGAGCUCCGAUAAGAAAAGUCGGUUCUUGAAGCCAGGCAUUAAAGCUCCUAAAGGCCAAGUCAUUCGACAACGUCAGUCAAAGAAAACGUAA